UGAAGAGCCUACUUCUUGUUGUCUUCUGAAUUGCCAUUAUGUCUACUUCUGCAUCUAGCACAAGUAAUUCAGGAAUUGAAAAUAUACUUAUGGAGGGCUCUCCUAUCAGAACACUUGUUGAUGGAGUUUUGAAGGAUGGUUCUUCUUCAGAACUUACAACCUACAUUGAACUUUUUAAUCAAUUCUAUCCAUUCUUAAAGACUUUGACUGAUAGUAUUGACCCUUCUACCGGAGAAAUUUUAAAGCAUGUUGAUUACAGCUACUGUUUCUAUGAUGACCAUAAAAAUCCAGUCCUUUGCUUCACUGCUGACUGGACUUUCAUUAUUGGGUUCCAUUCUGAGCAAUUCUCUGAUGAUGAUAGGUUCUAUAACCUGACUGUCACUCCUUAUGCCACUAUGCAUGUUGAUUUCUCUGUCAACACGUACACUGGACCUGCAAAGAUCGCUGUUGGACCAUCUAUUGAGUUUGUCCAUUUCAGAGCACCAAUAAGCUUUGAGUUAGAGACAAGAGAUAAAUUCUGCUACUCUGGAGACCUCAAUAUUAAGCCAAUCUCCCUCCUUACUACUGCAACUGCUGAGUUUUUAGAGUGUGAAAUCACUAUCCCAGAAGAAACAACCAGAUGUCAAUGGGAUGAAGGAGUUGGAGCGAAGAUUUUCGAAGUCUUACUCACUGAAGGAUAUGGAUCAACUCUCCUCGAUAGAGUUUGCUUCGAUUCAAACUAAUCUUAACCAUUUGUGAUAAGUUUGAUUACUCAUACC